UUAACAUCCGAUUCACUGAAGAAACAGCUUCGACGACACCGAAGUCUUAGACAGCCUCGUCUAAAAUGGGGAAUUGCUUGCAGUGCAUUGGUUGUUUUACUUGCUUGCCGAAGAAUACUAAUAUUCGACCGAGUUUCCCGGCUGUGUGCUUCGUCUGGCAGAUAGCUAUGAUCAUCCUCUUCGGCGUCUUCAUGCGCUAUGAUGCCGAAACCGAUGCUCAUUGGCCUCAAUACAAACAAUCUCACAACAUAACAAGCGACAGCGAGAAUGACUUUUACUUCAGAUACCCAAGUUUCCAGGAUGUCCACGUCAUGAUCUUUGUCGGCUUCGGAUUUCUCAUGACCUUCCUGAAACGCUACAGCUUUGGAGCUGUGGGUUUCAAUUUCUUGAUUGCCGCCUUUGGGAUCCAGUGGGCUUUGCUGAUGCAGGGCUGGUUCCAUUCCUUGGACUACACUGAUGGGAAGAUCAAAAUCGGAGUGGAGAACUUAAUCAACGCUGAUUUCUGUGUGGCGGGAUGCCUGAUUGCAUACGGCGCCGUGCUCGGCAAGGUCAGCCCCGUCCAGCUGCUGGUCAUGACCCUCUUUGGUGUCACACUUUACGCCGUGGAGGAAUUCAUCAUCAUCAAAAUCCUGCGUGCUCAGGAUGCUGGUGGCUCCAUGAUAAUCCACACCUUUGGGGCCUACUAUGGUCUGACCAUCUCCUGGGUGCUUUAUCGGCCAAACCUGGACCAGUGCAAACGUCUGCAGGGCUCCGUGUAUCAUUCAGAUGUAUUUGCCAUGGUUGGUACACUCUUCCUGUGGAUGUUCUGGCCCAGCUUCAACUCCGCCACGGUGUACCAUGGUGAUGGUCAGCACAGGGCGGCCAUUAACACCUACCUGUCCCUGGCAGCUUCCGUCCUUACUACCAUGGCCAUCUCUAGCCUCUUCCAGAAGAAGGGCAAAUUGGACAUGGUUCAUAUCCAGAACGCCACUCUGGCUGGUGGUGUGGCUGUCGGCACGGCCGCUCAGUUCAUGCUGACGCCCUAUGGCUCCCUGAUCGUGGGCUUUUUCUGUGGCAUCAUCUCAACUCUUGGUUACAUCUAUAUCACACCUUUCUUGGAGAAACGGCUAAAGAUUCAGGACACCUGUGGGAUCCACAAUCUCCACGCCAUGCCUGGUCUGAUUGGGGGCAUCGUGGGGGCCAUCAGUGCUGCGGCUGCCACAGAAGAUGUUUAUAGCUCUGCAGGACUUAUCAACAACUUUCAGUUUGUGGGGCCAAUUCAAAACAGGGUUCCGACCAUCCAGGGAGGGUACCAGGCAGCAGCAAUGUGUGUGGCUCUUGUCUUUGGCAUUGGAGGAGGAAUUUUGGUUGGCAUCAUCCUGAAGCUUCCCAUCUGGGGAGAUCCUGCAGACGACGGCUGCUUUGAUGAUGAGGUGUACUGGGAGCUGCCUGAGGAUGAAGAGAGCAUCCCACCUGUCCUGGAGUACAACAACCACAUGACCAACAAGCACCGUGACAUGUCUCAGUCCAGCUUCUCUGUGGAACAGAGCUAGUGUCUUCAGUCAGCACUCUUCCACCUCAGCAACGAGCAAAUCAUUGCCUCACAUUUUGGGACAAAUAAUAAAUGACUUCUUAAAGUUUAGUUUAGAUAGACUGGGUAUGUUUUACAGAGUGUUUAUAAUAUCCUCAGUGUCUUAACAGAAAUGUUGUUUUCCUUUCCUUUAUGCCUGUGCUCCCCUUUCCUGGAUGCCUGUGCUCUCCUUUACUGGAUGCCUGUGCUCUCUUUUCCUGGAUGCCUGUGCUCCCCUUUCCUGGAUGUCAUGCUCUGUGGCACGUCAGAUCCCAGCUCAGGCGUGCGAGAAGGUUGCUCAUAUGCUGGUGAAACUGAUGAAAUUGCUGUUGCAUAAUGUCACUCAUUGUUCCCACUACAAUCCUGACUUGUCUCUUUUCCCAUAAAACCCUAACCCUUCUCUUUAUAAUGUUCUGUGUUUGUGGAAUGUAUUAAGCAAAAACAUUCUAUGAUUGUCAUAUAAGAUAAUAGUGUGACACACAGCAUUUACAAUUUCUCUUAUUUACAUGUACCAUUUGUUGUGGGCAGUUAAGUUUUAUUUAUGUAAACCCAUUAUAUGAUAUGUGCGUACUAUUGAACGGGCUAAGUUUACACCAUGUGUAUAGACACCUUAGUUCUUCACAUAAAACGCACUUCAUGCUUCUUUUCUAUUAUAGAAUGUAGUACUCUGGAAUAGUAUGCUAGGGAUGUAGUACUCUGGAAUAGUAUGCUAGGAGAGUAGUACUCUGGAAUAGUAUGCUAGGGAUGUGGUAUUUCUGUUUCAAGAUGGAUCUCAAGACUUUCUAUAUGGCACUUUUGAACUGGCAAAAGUUAAGUGUGAAAUCACUCACUGUUUUCCUUGAAAAUCCAAAGGUAUCAGGUACACAGUUUCGAGAAUUGUGAUUAUUUUUUUUUCCAUUUCCAUCCAGUUUAUUUGACACGCAAAUUUCCCUUCAUUCAUUUAUUGUCCUAGUUGUAGCACUCUGAGUAAACUGAGGUUUCAAUGUUUUGUAUGUCAAGAAUAGAUGAUUUGCACAGAAGCUUGUUCUCAUUUCUAAGAAAACAAUAAAGGGCUGCAUACCUAUA